CAGAGUGCGAAAGCGAGCGAUCAUGGCGGUGUGGAGUUCCCUGAGUCGCGGAUUUACGCAGAUAAAUCCACUUGUGCCUUUCCUGGCGGCACAAACUAGCAAAAGAUUCACCCAAAAUGUGUUGGCCAAACGUGCCAUGUCCGGAGGUCACGAUCGUGAGUUUUUCAUCACUGCAUCGCGUUUUCAGUGGCACAAAUUCAAGGAUUACCUUCACUUCUACACGAUGCUGGGUCUAAUUCCGAUUCUGGGCAUAAUUUUCUACUCCAAUGUCUUCAUCGGACCGGCGACGCUCGCGGAAAUCCCCGAGGGAUACGAACCGAAGUACUAUGAGUACUCUAGACAUCCGAUCACGCGAUUCAUUGCGCGCUAUAUAAGAUCAACGCCGCAGCAGGAGUACGAGAAGUACUGCCACCACAUCUAUGAGGAGAACGAGAAGAGACAGUUGCGCCUGCUGGAGACGCGCGUGAAGGAGCUGAUGCGGGACCGCAAUGAUUACCAGGCAUACUACUACAGAGCGGUCAUGGCCAAGUACUACAGAACGGCCAGGAAGGCGUCCAAGGACCUCGAGGAGACGUACGGUCAACAGUAGAGACUGGCGUACAGUUGAGAAUGUAUAGAAUAUAUUUAAUAAAUCACGGUUAUCCCCA